UAAUAUUUCCCCUUUAAGGCUUGGCUGAAGUUAUUUAUACUCUUUGCAAUUUUUUUUCUUUGAUGGGUGGUGACAAGAAUUGAGAGCAGCAGCAGCAGCUCUUACCUGAUCAGGAUCAAGGAAAGGUAUUGCUGGGAAGAGAAAGCGGCAGAGAAGAGAAGGAGCUAAGAACUUAGCAGGACAACAGGAGAAGGAGCCCAGUGGAGUGAAGGACAUUGGUCCAAGGGGAAGCAGAGGUGAUUGCUCAGAAGUAAGGGGAAGUAGAGAUGGGAGGAGAGAUGUGAAGCCACAAAAAAGAGAGGGAGGGGUAGAAGGAAAAAAGGAGAGGACAGGCUAGAAAAUGACAGAGAAGUGACAGGAACCAGUCUGUUGUGGAAGAGAAGAGGGAACGGACCGAUGAUUGCAAGUGCUACUGGUUUGUGCUAAGAGGACAGGAGGGGGAGGAAAAACAGCCCGGUUAGUUUGGACUUUGGAGUGGGACUAUUUCAUCCUUCCUUCAAGAUGAUGAAGAGACAGUUUAACCGGAUGCGGCAGCAGCUCAGUUAUCCUGGCACCAGUGGACGAACCCAAGAAACAGCUGAAUAUUUGACCGAAGACUUGCUACAGAUUGAACAGAGGAUUGAACCAGCCAAGCGAGCAGCACACAACGUGCACAAGAGGCUUCUGGCUUGCCUGCAGGGACAAUAUGGAGCAGACAUGGACAAACGAGUGAAAAAGUUGCCUUUGAUGGCAUUGUCCAUCACCAUGGCUGAAAGCUUCAAGGAGCUAGACACUGAUUCCAGCCUUGGGAAAGCUCUAGAAAUGAGCUGCUUCAUUCAGAGCAUGCUAGCAAAGAUCCUUGCUGAGUUUGAAAUGGCUCUCGAGCGAGAUGUCCUGCAACCCCUGAACAGACUGAGCGAGGAGGAACUACCUAUCAUUCUGAAACACAAGAAAAAUCUUCAUAAACAUGUUCAGGAAUGGAAUGCCAUCAAAAGCCGUCUGAACCAAGCUGCCAAGAAUUCCGGUAACAGCAUAAAUGCUGGCACUGGUCCAGCAGGGUCUGCAGCAGCCCUCAAGCUGGAAAAUCUGAAGGAGGAAGAAGAAGAAAUGAGGAAGAGGGUGGAACAGAGUAAGGAUGAGUACAUGGCAGACUUGUAUCACUUUUCAACCAAGGAGGAGAGCUAUGCCAAGUAUUUUAUCAAAUUGCUGGAAAACCAAGCUGAAUAUCACCAGAAGUCUCUGGGAUCUCUGGCUGCUACUUUGGCGGAGUUGAAGGAGACCCACAACGAGCCAGACUCCCCAUCCCCAAGAGUCGCAUCUGUGCCUGGGAUGUAUGGGAUGCCACUGGAGACUCAUCUGAAGGCUUCUGGGCGGGAGAUUGCACUCCCCAUUGAAGCCUGUGUCAUGAUCCUGCUGGCAUCAGGGAUGCAGGAAGAGGGGCUCUUUCGGUUGGCAGCUGGAGCUUCUGUGCUGAAAAGGCUGAAGUGCAGUCUUGCCAUUGGCUCAAGUAUGCUGGAUGACUUCUAUGCAGAUCCUCAUGCUGUGGCAGGUGCACUCAAAUGUUACCUGAGAGAACUGCCCCAGCCUCUGAUGACCUGUGAACUCUAUGAUGAUUGGCUCAAAGCUGCCAGUUUCAAAGAGACAGAGACUCGUCUGGAGCACCUCAAGAACAUUUGCAACUCUCUCCCCAAGGACAACUACAACAACUUGAGGUAUCUGAUCCGGUUUUUAGCCAAGCUGGCUGAACAUCAGGAAGUGAAUAAAAUGACCCCUAGCAACAUUGCCAUUGUCCUAGGGCCUAACCUGCUAUGGCCCCAGCAGACAGAUGGGUGCCAGGAGCAACUAGACAUGGCUUCUGUUUCCUCCAUCCAAGUUGUGGGAGUUGUGGAACCACUUAUACAAAAUGCUGAAAUCCUCUUCCCAGGAGAUAUUGACUUCAAUGUCUCUGGCCUGUUCACCCCGCCAUUAAACGUCAAAGAGAGAGAAGUCCCCACAACAGAAGAACCCAUAUUGUUACAUCUCCCUCCUGAACCUGGUUCUCCAUUGCUGGGGGACAAGGAAAAUCCUGAGAUCACCCCAGGAAUAGCUUCCUCAAAGAUAAGUCAACCAUCCACUGAAACGGCAGUCUCCUUGCCUACCCAUGUUUCUGCAGAUGAUGCCACUGCACAGAAAUCAAAGCGGGCUGCUCCCCCACGGCCCAAUGUGCCUCCUCCCAUAGCCCAGCCUUGGUCCCCACCACCUGUGCACCCUCCAACUCAGCUGCCUCUCUCUGAGUCUUCCUCCGUCCCUAAAGUCCUGCCUCGAAAAGCGGCAGGAGCCAUGCGAGCUCCCUCUGUGCCGCCACCACUUCCACCCCAGCCAGCCAAGCGUCAGAAUCGCAGUGCUCAGCUGUCCCCAAAGCUGCCUUCAGAACCUCUAGGCAACGAGGGAGCAGCAGCUGCUGCCACUGAAGACCUGCCUCCUGAUGACUGCGGUAUAGAAGAGACCAAAGAUUCUACACCUGUGGCAAGCAAGUCUGAUGAACUGCCAUCCAUGAGAAGAAGCAGCUCUUCAACUGCACCCAGUUUGAAAGUCAAGACACCAGAGAAUAAGAGCGGGAGGAGGCGGGCUGGCGAGUGCAGUCCCAGCAUGGCGGCCUGCAGGCGGUUGAGCGGCGCUUGCCUGCGGGAGGUGCUGGGGGAAGCACAGGGGGUGCUCUUCGAUUGCGACGGGGUCCUGUGGACCGGGGAGCGGGCGGUGCCCGGCGCGCCGGAGCUGCUGGAGCGCCUGAGCCGGAACGGGAAGGUCGCUCUCUUCGUCUCCAACAACAGCCGCCGCUCCGUGACGGAGCUGGAGCGCCGCUUCUCCCGCCUGGGCUUCCGCGGCGUGCGAGGCGAGCAGGUGUUCAGCUCCGCGCUCUGCUCCGCGCUGUAUCUCCGCCAGCGUCUCCUGGGCGGGGAAACUGGCGCCGGGGACUCCCCCGCCUCCUCCCCGGGCCGCGUCUUCGUGCUGGGCGGGGAAGGGCUGCGCGGGGAGCUGCGGGACGCCGGGCUGCGCCUGGCCGGUGAAGGCGAGGAAGAUGACGACAACGGGGAAGAGCCUCCUGGUCCGGAGACGCUGCCGGUGCGCGCAGUUGUUGUUGGUUAUGACGACCAGUUCACCUUCGCCAAGCUCUCUGAGGCCUGCGCCUACUUGCGCGACCCGCAGUGCCUGCUCGUGGCCACCGACCCCGACCCUUGGCACCCGCUGAGCAAUGGGCAGCGUACGCCGGGAACAGGGAGUCUCACUGCUGCAGUUGAAACAGCAUCUGGGCGCAAGGCAAUGGUAAUUGGAAAGCCAAACACGUACAUGUUUGAGUGCAUUGUGGAGCGCUUUGGAGUGGAUCCAUCCCGCAUGCUCAUGGUGGGUGACCGGCUGGAGACAGACAUCCUGUUUGGCAAGAACUGUGGCCUUGAUACGGUCUUGACCCUGACAGGUGUCUCGCGCCUGGAGGAGGCACAGGCUUACAUGGCCAGCGACAGCCCAGCCGCAAAGGACCUGGUGCCUCACUACUAUGUGGACAGCAUUGCAGACUUGAUACCAGGCCUGGAUGAGUAAAGGGGAACGUGGGUGGGUAGAGGUCCGAGUUGCAUUCCAGACUGCCACCCUUCCCUACUUCUGUCUCCCUUUCUUGAUUCCAGGCUCAUCACAUUCCAGUGUUUGGUCAAAUGGGGUAUUAGUUCCCAUUCACUCUUUGGGCUCACUGUUUAUUUAGCCAGCUAUAGGGAAAAGGGAAUUUUAUGUGAACGUGUGGGGUAUUUACAGGCCAACCCAGUAUUUAUUUAUUUAUUCCCCCCACCACCACUUGGCAUGAUGUGGUUAUUUAAUUUAUUUUUGUUUUCCUGUUGCCAGUAGUGGCCUUCUUACUGUUGUCCUCUGCUUUGUUUUAAAGCACAGUGAUGUGCUUGUUGUGGUGUCUGCUCCCAAGCUUAAAUGAGGCAACCUUUGCGCCAGUGUUAUUUAUCUCUUCUCCUACUGCUGCCAUUCCAUGCCAGUGUUGGGGUUCGUGUCCCAGAACUCUUGCUGUGAAAAAGGGAACAUCAGGAAAAAAUGUUGAGAAGUACCAUUGUGCCUGCACAGAAUGGCUCUCUGGAAUAAUUCCUGUGGGUAUAUAUGAAAGGAGACAUUUAUCAUAACUAUACAGCUUGUCCAGAACUGAUAAGAGCUGAGGCUAGGUUUUUGAUGCAUGCUACGUAUAUGACACUGACACUGUUUGGUUUAUUUAUCCACAGGAAUUUCUCUGGAGUGCUCUAUUGUGCAGGAUAAAAUUGUCAGUUGGCUCAGUUAAAAGGAACUUAAGAGUGGUAAAUCUAGAGUAUGUACAGCUCUUAACUGUGAAUUAAAUAUGAAGGAAGGUUCUUUUCUGUCUUGAGAGUGUUCUCAGGUAACGUAAUUUUUAUCAAUCCAAUUUUGGAAUACAGGAUUGCUGUUGCAACAACAAAAUAGGUUGCGUAGAACUAUUUUUUGCCAGAAGUUCUGAAUCGGCUGUCACUUUGUCUCAGUAAUCCUGUAGCAAUAGCAGCUUCCAAACAUCCCUGCCUCUGUACGGAUGCAGGAAUAUGAUGUUUUCCCCCUUUCCCUGUCUGCCUGAUCCAGUGAAACAAUCAGUAAACCAUUCAACUCCUGUCUGUGCCUGAGAGGAUGCACCACCGCCCCAGGGGAGGGAUGAACCCUGCUCUGCUGUGGUGUGCUUGAUCUGUGGGAUAAAGUCGGCAUUUCCAGCAAUUUCAGUGUGCCACAGUAUCCCAAAAUCAGUCAUUGCUGCUUGUCUUUUUAUGGUUUAUUAUGUAUUUAUCAAAGUGUUUGUAUAAAUUAUGCUGAUCAGUUGUGCCAAGGUGGGUAUGUAGCCUCUGGGCCCACUCACUGCCUGUACCUCCAUGUUGUUGUGGUUUUCUGACAUAUGCUGUCAUUCUGCAUAUAAUAAAAUGCAGGCAUAAGAUGGAA